AUGGAGACCCAUCUGUUGACAGGCAAGAAAUUGGCCAUUGCGUUUGGGGCAAUGUUACUGGCCCUGCUAUUAAUCGCACUGGACCAGACUAUCCUAUCAACUGCUCUACCACGCAUUGCAUCAGACUUUAACGCGUUCUCCCAACAAGGCUGGGUCGCCGCCUCAUUCGUCCUUACGCAGACUACCUUCAUCCUCUUCUUCUCCCAAGUCCUCCGCCUCCAUCCAGCCAAAUAUGUGCUUAUAGCAUCUGUGUUAAUCUUUGAGGCUGGCUCUGCCUUGUGUGGUGCCGCCCAGGAUGUCAAUGCGCUUAUCGGCGGGCGGGCGCUGUCUGGCGUUGGCGCUGCUGGUAUUCUCACUGGUAUCCUCCAAGUGAUGGCCCAGGCUACCCGAUUAGAGGAUCGACCAAUGCUUUUCAGUCUAUUUGAAUCGGUAUUUGCAUUUGCCUCCAUCAUUGGACCUCUUGUAGGCGGCGCCCUCACGGACCACGCCUCCUGGCGGUGGUGUUUCUAUAUCAAUUUGCCCAUUGGUGGCGUGGCUAUUGUAGCGAUUAUAUGGCUCCUCGACGCUCCACCACCGCUCGGAUCCGAAGACUAUGAUCGCUCUUUCAAGUCCAUGUUUUGGAGCACGGCUGCCUUGGACUGGAUUGGCGCUAUGCUCAGUCUGGGCGCCGUCACAAGUCUCGUUCUAGGCCUCCAAUGGGGCGGGAACGAAAAGGAAUGGGACAGCACGGAUGUCAUCGUCUGUCUCGUUCUUGCACUCGUACUAACAGUAGUAUUCAUCUUCUGGGAGCGCUAUAUGGGAGAUCGGGCUAUGGUUCCGUUGGUAAUAUUCAAGAGCUUCUCCAUUUACUCGAUCUGCUCCUUUGCCAUCUUCAACCGCUUUAUCUACUUGAUCUUCACCUACGUGGGUUCCGUCCCGCUCCCGCUCGUGGGGCAGCAACUGACAUCCUUCCAUACCAUCUACUACCAAGCAGGCCGCCACCAUUCUGCGACGAAGAGUGGCGUGGACCUACUCCCGCUCAUGCUGUCCGUCGUCAUAUCGAUUGUGGUGUCUGGACAACUUGUCGGUCGCUACGGCCGCUAUUGGCCGUACUUAGUUGGCGGACCGCUGGUCGGCGCCGUCGGUGCUGGACUAAUGUACACUGUGACCGCAUUGCCCUCGAACGCAGCUGUGAUCGGCUACCAAAUUCUUGUCGGCCUCUGUAUUGGUAUAACGCUACAGAACAUCCUGUUUGCCAUGCAGGCCGAGUUCGACGACACACCAAAGCUAAUAAGUCAGGCGACCGGUAUGGUAAACUUCUGCCAGUUCCUCGGUGGUACGAUUGGUCUUGCGAUAGCUGAAACCACCUUCUCGUCCCAACUCGUGCGCAAUUUGCGCGAGUACGCGCCGGAUGCGCCUUUCGCCACGAUACUGCAGUCGCCGCUGUCGAUUUAUAGCGCGGCGGUCCCAGACGCACUAUUACCUAAUGUCGUACGCGCCUAUGUCAAGUCGCUGUCUGUCGUUUUCAUCAUUGGCGUCCCAGCCAAUGUUCUUUCAUUGGUGUUUGCACUCUGUAUCUCGAAUAUCAACAUUAAGAAAAAGCCGGAGACAGAGGCAGAAAAUAAUUUGCCCUGUGGUGACAAGGUGACUGGCGCAGAGCAGCCUACGACUUCCGAUGGGCAGCCUAUGGCAGAGAAAACGCACUCACACCAGUCAAGCUAA